AUGGCCAAGAUAAACAAGACUCUAGAGAAAAUUGAACAUUUUCUAGACAAUCUAGCUUCUGAGAAGGUGGAAGAAGAACUACCUGGAGAUUCAGAUACACUGCAAAGGCUGAAGAUCGCGCAGCUUCAAUCAAGCAUAAAAGACGCAUCACAGCAGCAACAACUAUUAGAACAGGAACUCCAACAACAGUUGUCUCAACAACUGCAGCAAAAUAAAGACGGUCAAAUUCCGGAAGGACAAUCAACACAGUACGAGCAACAUUAUCAACAGCAGAAUUUACAGCAACAGCAGGAGUUGAUAGGUCAACACCAACAGCAGCAGCAACGAUACCAGCAACUUAGACUCGAACAACAAAGACAAGAACAACAACACCAGCAGUUGGUUAACCAGAUGCAACAACAGCAACAUCAGUUAGAACAGCAGCUACACCAAGAGCAAGUCAGACGGCAGCAGAUUGAGUUGCAGUUGAGAAUACUUCAUCAGAUACCAGGGUUGGACCAUAUUCCCCGUCACUUACGUGAUGAUUUCCUGCGGUUCUUAAGAUCUCAAAACAGACCUAGUACACCUAGAACACCAAAUCCACAACCAACUGCAAACAGGUUCACGCAGCCAGUACACAAAUGGCCAUUUGAAUACGCUGGACAGCCCAACAUCAUACAGCUUGGUGAAUUUCUGAAUCAAGUGAAUACCUAUGCAGACACAGAAGGAAUGGACGAGCAAACUCUGUUACGGUCCAUCAAACAUUUGCUAAAAGGGCGAGCACUUCAAUGGUAUACUCGUGCUUACCUUAGCCUUUCAACUUGGGAAAUCUUCAAGGCCGAGAUCAAACAGGAGUUUUUGCCGCCCAACUACUCAGAAAUUGUAAAGCAGGACCUGUAUUUGCGUUUCCAAGGUCCAAAUGAACAGUUCACCAGCUUCUAUAGAGAUUUAGUGGCAGCUUUUGAGAUUGUGGAACCGGCAAUAUCGGAAUCCGAGAAACUCUUCAUCAUUAAAUUUAACCUAAAUUCCGAUUUCUCGCCAAUAGCUGCAGCUUCUCGAGCAAAUAAAAUUCGUGAUCUAGUUGCCGUUUGCAGGGACUUUGAGGUCUCCAGAUCUUACUCUUUACGAGCUCGUACCCCCUUCACAUCUCGCACUGCUUGGACAAAACCUGAGCCCUCGAUCUUUCAGCGUUCGACCACCAACAGAAUGGACAAUGCAAAUCGUCCAACUUUCAACAGACAGUCAUUUAGUACCGCCCAAGUCAACACGAUGGAAUCAAGUCAAGACAUCGAUGAAGAGCUAGAUUCACUUCGUAUUCAGGAGCGUGAAGUUUUGCAGCAAGACAUGGCAUUUCGGCAUGAAGCGGCAGCAAAUACAGAAGAAGAGGUUAAUGCGGUUCGGAUGCAAAAUAACUGGAGAGAACGAUUAUCCACCAACACAGGCGAAAGCUCGGCUAGAGAAAACAAUAACAAUAACAGAGAUCCUGCUUCUGCAAUCGUAUGUUGGCAAUCCGAAAAUUCUGGUCACACCUACCCGAGAUGUCCCAAUCCGAAGCGAUACCUUUACUGUUACAGUUGCGGCAAAAAAGGAUGCACUACGCGUAACUGCGAUGCUUGCAUCUUGCGUUGGAAGCAAUUGGACACUCAGCAUUCGGGAAACCGGCACUGGGAGAACCCACAAUAA